GCGGCCCCGGAUGUGGUGGCUGCGGGGGGGAGAUGGCGGAGGCUGAGAGGGUGGCCGCGGCCCCAGGCCCAGUUUCGGGCCCGACGGUCAGGGGCCGCGGCGCUAUGUCAGGCUCCUUGGAGCGCGACCAGCAGGUUGAGGCGGCGCAACGGGCCCUGGUGAAGGUGCUGGGACCUUACGAGCCUCUGCUGAGCCGAGUGCAGGCAGCCCUUGUGUGGGAGCGGCCAGCCAGGAGCGCCCUGUGGUGCCUGGGGCUGAACGCGGCUUUCUGGUUCUUUGCACUGACAUCCCUUCGUCUUGUUUUUUUACUUGCAUUCAGCUCAAUGAUCAUAGUGUGUAUAGAUCAAUGGAAGAACAAAAUCUGGCCAGAAAUAAAUGUGCCAAGACCCGACGCAUUAGACAAUGAGAGCUGGGGCUUUGUGCACCCUCGGUUACUCAGCGUGCCCGAGCUCUGUCACCAUGUAGCUGAAGUCUGGGUUAGUGGGACCAUUUUCAUAAGGAAUCUUUUGCUUUUCAAAAAGCAAAACCCAGGCAAGUUCUGCUUGCUGAGCUGUGGGAUGCUGACCUUUUUGGCCGUCUUGGGCCGCUACAUCCCUGGGCUCCUGCUGUCCUAUUUACUGUUUAUAACUGCCAUGAUGUGGCCCCUUGCUGUGUACCACCGACUGUGGGACCGAGCCUGUGUGCGACUGAAGCCAGCUCUGCAGCGGCUGGACUUUAGUGUCCGCGGCUAUAUGAUGUCCAAGCAGAGAGCGAGACACCUGCGCCGCAGAGCUCUGCACCUGGAACGAGGUGCGGACCACAGUGACAGCGAAGAGGAGCUUGCUGCCUUCUGUCCUCAGCUGGAUGAUUCUGCUGUUGCCAGGGAGUUGGCCAUCACAGACUCUGAGCACUCGGAUGCUGAGGUUUCCUGUACAGACAAUGGCACAUUCAACCUUUCACGGGGCCAAACACCUCUAACAGAAGGCUCUGAAGACUUAGACGGUCACAGUGAUCCAGAGGAAUCCUUUGCCAGAGACCUUCCAGACUUCCCUUCCAUUAAUGUGGACCCUGCUGGCCUGGAUGAUGAGGAUGAUACCAGCAUCGGGAUGCCCAGCCUGACGUACCGCUCCCCACCAGGGGCCGAGGAGCCCCAGGCCCGCCCUGCCGGCCGGGACCAAGCUGCACUGCCGGAGCUCCUGCUUGACGCCCUGCCUGCAGGAUCCAACCUUACCAGCAACCUUGCCGGCCUGGUCUCCCAGGGCAUGAUCCAGCUGGCCCUGUCAGGGGCCUCCCAGCCGGGUCCUUCCGGCCCGCCUCCCCGGAGAGCGACCAGAGGUGUCCUCCGGGCCCCCAGCUCAGACCUGGACACCGAUGCUGAGGGGGAUGACUUUGAGCUUCUGGAUCAGUCAGAGCUGAAUCAGCUGGACCCAGCUAGUUCCAGGAGCCACUAAAGCAGAGACUCCUUCUGGGGGUCACUGUGGUUUAGGUUUUUAUUCUCCUCAUCCCACUAAAGGUGAAGGGGCAAGGGAAGAACCUAGGUCUCAUCCCCUGAAUUACAUGUGUGGGCCUGGUGGCCUGGCUGGUGCUCAGGGGCCUGCUGAAAGAGGGUCCUCGCUUCCCCACCGCCAGCUGGACACCCGUUUCUGAGCCCAGUCAGUGAAGUGAGAGUGCACUUCCUUAGGGGGCGCUCUCCAUCGGGAUGGUACUUGGGGGGAACAAAGGAGUCGGGGGUAUCGGUUCCCCUUUGAGGGGGUGCUGCUGUUUGCUUCUAGGUAUGGGUGCUUGGGGGCCCUCAGUGAUAGAAGAGCCCUUCGUUUCCUUCCUCCUCCUCCACCUCCCUAGAGGUUCAUGUCAGGCAGCAGCUGGAACGGUUGCAUUGUCAUCCUUCCCUUUUGCUAAGCCAUGAUUUGAUUUGUCUUUUUCUAAGCGAGCUUACCCUUGGGUUCUGCAGAGCAGGCCUGUUCCCUCUGGCCCAGGCCAUCCUCAUUUCCUGAGGCCUGCCCUCCCGUGCUCUAAAUCACUGCUUGUGAAAUGGAGGAAAUGUGAACAUGCUGUGGGGUGGGCCUCUUCUCCAUUACCUAGGGCUGUGGGGUCGGCUGGCCGGGAGGGUGAGGGCCUGCCUCUCUCAUGGUCUCACCGAGACUGGUGGAGCUGCCUGGUUGUCUUGGUGCUGCUAACCCCUGGCUCCAUUUGACCAUGAGCCUGAGCAGCUAGCAAAGCAAUACCAUACCGUACCCAUUUCCACGUUCCUGUUCCUCCCCCCCUCUCCUCUGGAGAAGCAAUAUGCCACGGGGGUUGCCAGAGUAGCACUUUACAGAUGGCUCAGUGGCGUUCAUCCCCGGAGCCACCAGCUCUUCUUGCACCAGCUCUUCUUACUCCCUAUUCAGCUCCUUUAAUACCUUUUAUAUUUCAUUGUUUCCCAACUUGGUGGGGACUCUUAUGGAUGAGCCCAUUUAGCAAGAAAAUGUAAGGAGCAGAGACCCCUCUAAGGGGUAUCUGUUAGACUGCCCUUAGUAAAAUCGUGUCAGACAAAUAACUAAAAUUGAUGAUUAGUUCUAAACCUGUGCCAGCUCACAUCUUCUCUCUGCCGCCCUGAUCAGAGCUCAAGCCAAACUCUCCUGACUUUCUCUGCAUUAACCCUUUGCUGAUCCUCAGGGACCACUCCCCCAACACCCCACACCUGAGUGAGGGAUGCUGGACAGAACCCAUUUUCAUGGGCUCCAGGUGGGAGUGUGCUGACAUGUUUGCUCUUGGUUGAUGGACAAGGUAGAGGCCAGGAAAUGAAAA